CUCGCGAGGGGCGGGACUCAGGCCACUGUUAGCGCGGCCUGCGGGAGGCUGCGGCUAUCCCCGGCGACGCCUCUGCGGGCCGGCGCCGACAUCCUUGUCCUGGCGGCCCUCUUGCCGCGGUUGGAGGGAGAGGACGCUGUUUGACGGAUUUUACGGCUCGUGCCUAACUGUCUGUGUGAGGCCUGAUCUCUCACUGUAAUAACCAAAUAGAUGGUGUGGGACUAGCAGCUGGCAGAACCCAAUAAGAAAAGAAACGUUCCUAUAAGGAUCUGCUUCCGGAAAAGGAGGAGAGAGCUGCUCAAGUCAGGAGGAAUACAGAACAUAGACUGAAGACUUUUAUCCUUUUGAACUUUGGAGUCAUCAAAGAAUAGGAAAAAGUAAUUGUUUUUCACUCUCAACAAUUUUUUUCACUCUCUGCCAUGGAUUUGCUUAAAGCCAUCAACACUCCUUUAGCCACUAGCUCCAAAUCAUCUAAAAGGACUUUGGAAAAAUCAUCUCAUUCUUCAUUCAGUGCUUCCAGUUAUUCAGAGAGUAAGAAGGAACAUCACAAGAAGAAGCUGAGUGGAAGCAGCGAUCCACCCUUGGAUGAUGGAACUUUCCACAAAUCCAAAAAAAUAAAACCACCAUAUGUAAACACUGAAAUGCUAACCUUACGUGAACCUGAUGGCUUAAAAAUGAAGUUAAUCCUCUCGCCAAAAGAGAAAGGGGGUAGCAUAACAGAAGAUCCCUUUUCACAUUCUGGAGCUAUAAAAAAGACCUCUAAGAAGUCUAUUCGGGAUGAACAAAGCUCGCAGCCCCCAAGCCUUGAUACACACAGCUUCAUGAAAUCAUCGCGCAAGAAGCACAAGCCACCUCCAGAUCCCCAUCCCCUUUCUCCUGCUGAGGGCUUCAGCCCAGAGACAUCCCUCUUCCCUGAAGGCCAAAGCAGUGACUUUGAGCUUUCCAACUUGGAACCACAAAUGGAAUCUGGAUCUUCAUCUGGAGGUGAGUUGGAAGCUGGAGAACUAGUCAUUGACGAUUCAUAUCGGGAGAUAAAAAAGAAAAAGAAAUCAAAGAAGAGUAAAAAGAAGAAAGACAAGGAGAAACACAAGGAGAAAAAACACUCUAAAUUGAAGAAGAGUUCUGGACUCUCUUCAUCACCAGCAGCAGUAGAAAUAACACCACAACUGCCUAUUUCUCCAGCUAGCAUCCAGUUUGCUCUACCUGCCCCUCCUCCUCCCUCACCAUUACCACCUGUUUUCUGUACAGAUGGCCUGAAUGAGAAAAAGAAGAAGAAAGAAGAAAAAGAGAAGAUUGAGAAAAUUGAAAAAGAAAAGCCAAAGAAGAAAAAUAUGUCUGCCUACCAAGUAUUCUGUAAGGAAUAUCGUGUGAAUAUUGUGGCUGAGCAUCCAGGAAUAGAUUUUGGUGAGCUGAGCAAAAAGCUAGCAGAGGUUUGGAAACAGCUUCCAGAGAAAGAUAAGAUGGUUUGGAAGCAGAAGGCUCAGUAUUUGCAACAUAAGCAGAAUAAAGCAGAGGCAACGACAGUGAAGAGGAAAGCAAUGUCAUCAGAGGGUUCCCCAAAAUUGAAAGCUUCUCUAACAAGCGUGCCUUCACCCCAUAAAAAGUCCCCAACUAGCAUGAUGGUAUUAUCCUCUUCACCAGUGAAAGUUCCUGAGACAGAUCCCAUUGAUGUAGCUGCCCAUCUGCAAUUGCUCGGAGAGUCUCUAAGUCUUAUUGGCCACAGGCUGCAGGAGACUGAAGGAAUGGUAGCUGUAUCAGGAAGUUUAUCAGUACUCCUGGAUUCAAUUAUUUGUGCUCUGGGCCCAUUGACUUGCCUCACAUCCCAGUUACCUGAACUAAAUGGCUGCCCCAAACAUGUUUUGUCAAACACAUUAGAUAAUAUUGCCUACAUAAUGCCCGGUCUUUGACAAAAAAAAGGGAAUGUGGAAAGUAAUCUACUGCCAUGCUACUGGUGUGUAUACAUAUAUAUUGUGUUCUUCAAGUCUCAACCUACAGAAUUUUAACUUUUUUGUCAAUAACUGUUUAACUUGAUUUUAUGAAAAGUUCUGAACUUAAUUUGCAAGAAUUGGAAGAUGUUUUCUUAAGUCUCUGUGUUUCUACAUAACUAGAGUUUAGUAAUUUUUUUAUAUAUUAGCCUUAAUAUAAAAGAAAAAUAUAUUGAAUUAUUUUAAUUAGAAAUGUCAAGUAAGUUUGGGGCAAAUAAGUGCCAUGGACCGAGUACCACUAAUAUUUUAGUAUAAAACAGAGCCCUGAUGAUGCAGUGGUUAAAGUGCAGUAUUGCAGGCGAACUGUACACAACCUGGAGUUUGAUCUUGACAGAGCUCAAGGUUGACUCAGCCUUCCAUCCUCCCGAGGAAAGUAAAAUGAGGACCCAGAUUGUUGGGGCAAUAUGCAACUAAUGCUUCAACAUUGUAAACCAUCCAGAGAGUGCUGUAAAGUGCUAUUGGGCGGUAUAUAAGCCUAAAUGUUAUUGCUAUUGCUAUAAAAUAGUACUUCUCUAAGUGGAAACCAAUGGAAUGGAAAAAAAAUAAUGGACAUCUUGUUCUAAGUAAUGAUGGGAAAAAUUGUCCUAUCUCUAAAGAAUUGUUCUGACAUUAGGACUUCUUAUUAAAUGUUGCGUUCAUUGAUUGACAGGGCUACAUACAAAUAUGGUAGUGAAUGAAAUCAAAUCAUUAAAACAGUUAUUUCUUUAAUGUGACUGCUUAAAGCAGCUGUAUUUUUCUCCACACACACUUGUUUUAAUAAGUAGCAGUGAGGUGCUAAUUCAUGUUCAUUGAAGUUUUGAAGCAAUUCUUCCAAAUAAUUUUCAAAACAUGUAUAGCACUAGUAAUUAUAGUAUAGAAUUGUAAUAUUUCACACAAUCUUCAGAUUAUGAGAGAAAAGAUCCUUAGCCUACAUUUCCAAGCUCCAAAUUCUUCACAUUUAGAUAGUGACUUCUGAAACAGCAGCUAAAAAUACUGUCAUAGAAGGCAAGAGCAUUCCCCCAAUUACGCAAAUUCCAAUUCUUACUACCAGCAAAUUGACUUUUUUCUCUUAUGGUGCUAAUAUUCAUGUAGAGGCAGUUAGAGAGGUGAUAUUGAAGGAUUUAAUAAUAAGAAGAAGAGAAAUCCAGGCUUUAGUGUUCUGAAUCUGUUCUUCUCUAGGAAAGCAUUUUCAUAGGAUUAAGUAUGGCAUUCUUAAUAUAGGGGUUUACAUUUUUGUGUAUUUUUGUAUAUAGUUCUAAUUAGAAUACAAAAAACUCCUUCUCUUACUAUUGUUCAGAAAACAUGUACAGAUAGUUCUCAACCUAUGGCCACAACUGAGCCCAAAAUUUAUGUUGCUGAGACAGUUGUUAAGUCAGUUUUGCCCCAUUUUAUGACCUUUCUUGCCACAGUUGUAAAGUAAAUCAC